AUGGAUGUUGACAGCUACCUUUCCUUCACCAAGAAUCGUCUCGUGCACCUUCAGGGAUUGCACCUGUGGCUUCCUGCCCUGUCUUGCCAGCUCCGGCCCUGUCGCAAGCAACGCAGAAAGAAGAUGCUGACCGAUCGGGGUGCGCCCAGGAAUUUCGCUUCGCUUCGGCGGACCUGUGAGUCCUCACACUUGCCAGAGGUCUUAUCACGACUGCAUUCAGCACUUGACCGACACCCAGAAAAGCUCGCCGCUACCCCCUUUACCCCCUUGCUGCUGUUGGCAGUUUUGAGAUGCUUCCAGUUCGCGCCGGUCUCGUGCAAAGGAUUCGGGCUUGGGAUUGUUGCCUGA